AUGGCUUCUUCUCCUUCGCCGACUCCAUCCCACCACUGUGGUAAGGUAUCCAUUCCGAUGUCGAUUGAUUCUGAUAUCACUGGAAAUGGAGUCGUUGCAAACUACGUCGUGUCUGCCGGCUUUGCGGUCCUGCUCAUUAUCGUGUACUUCCUCGUGGUGUAUGAUCCAUUGCAAGAUCCUUUCAGAGAGGAACAUCAACAUACUCCACCGUCGGUAUUUCGUCCGAAUCCGGUAGACGUGGCCUUCCUGCGGCUUGUGAGGCUUAUAACUAAACGCAUCUUCCGUUGGCGUGGUCGCCGUAUCAGCGCAAGGAUCGAGAGGAUUUUUACCAAGUGCAUCCUAUCAAUGAGUGAUCUCCAGAUCCUGACCGGGCUGUCGAUUCUAAUCAGCGGAUUUGUUCAACUUUCCAAAGGCCUAUCAGCGUAUCACUGGAUGGUCAUCGUCGACCUGGCAUGGUUUUCGAGUCUCACUCAUUUGGCCUGCUUGACCCUUCUUCGAAACUUUCUAUACCAUCGUCCGGUCCAGCGAGCUGCACGGCUUUUUCUCAUGGGCGUCCUGGCCAUACUUCUGGUCGUGGGUCUCUCAUUUACGGGUAGUUACACAUGGCUCUCAUUCUAUGACGAACCCCCCCUGUCGGAUCCUGUAGUCUAUUCGAAUUCUCCAGACUAUACCCGUGUCAUGGCCCUUGCCUACCCCGCCCUCUGUCAGUUGACCUCAAAUCCUGCAGACCAUCCAGGUCAUAACUUAUCCGGGGAAUACAACUUAUCCUGGGAAUACUCCUCAAUGCUGUUUUCAAUCAUCUUGAUUGUUUUGGGCUUUCUGGGCAGGAUUUUCAAGUUGUAUAAGUUCCUUUCCGUCGACAUCUGCGCUCGACCUCGCUUGCUGGCCAGUGUUCAAAUGCGACGCUGCCUACGAUGUGUUUUCUCUAGCUGCUGCUUAAACAAGCCCUCUGGCAGUCUUAGGCGCACCAUCCUCUAUCGUCCCCUGUUGACGAUAUCUUUAGUGGUAGAGAUUGGCGUGGACUGGUGGUCUUCACUACUGCUAGAAGUAAGUCAUUCAAACAUGUGGAAUUACUUGCCUAUCCUGAGCGACGAGAGAAAGGAGGACGACUGGGGGUUCGGGCAGGUCAUUGCAGUCCUUUUGCUAAUGGCGCCGCUGGUCACAAUCCUCAAUCAUCUCGGACAUGGUAUACGUCUUUUGGACAUCCCUUGUCUCCGGCAGGCUAAGCAAUUUGCUAAUAUUGCAAACCACAGACCGAUUAUCAAGGAUCCUGACGACCCUGACAAUGACUGGACUGGGCGUAUAUCAACAAUCAGUCUUGCAAAUGUUUAUAUUGUCAUCCUGAGCAUCGUCAUAUUUGGUUCCACGGCAGGGAGUAGUGUAAGAGGAGUCGAUCCAGACAUUCCUUUUGCUGGAGCACCGAUGCUUUUAAGCAAUCUUUACAACAUCUUGCAACCUAUAUUUAUGGGUUUCACGGGCCUCUUCGGUGUCGUCCUAUUCUCGUUGACCAUCGAGGCGGAUCUGCCGAAGAAAUUUUCCCGCGUUCGUCAGGUCCUACGUUGUAGCAUUAUCGUUGUCUUCACUUGCAGUGCCCUCUUGAUUUGGUUUGCUUGGGGUGUACCUAAAAACACGUCUCAGCUGAGAAUCUGGUCAGUGUUUUGGUUUCCAUCUUGGGUGAUCUUGCUUUCUGCUGCUUCUUUUUACAUCAUUUUUGCGAUCACUUAUCGAGUUUGGGGAUCAGGACGUCCUAUCUCGGCGGACGAGACCACAUAACUCGGC